AUGUCAGAUCUCACAGCACUGCCAAAGGACUCGCUCAUCCUCGUCACCGGAGCGAACGGAUACAUCGGAGCGCAUGUUAUCGAUAACCUACUGAAGCUAGGCUACCAUGUUCGCGGUACAGUCCGCACUGAAAAGCCGUGGCUGAAGGAGCUGUUUGAUAAGUAUGGUGAGGGUGCCUUUGAGCAGGUCGUCGUGCCGCAUCUCGAGGAUGAGGAAGCUCUCGGUCAUGCCAUGACUGGCACUGCCGGUGUCGUGCUUGUGGCUUCGGAUCUUUCCUUGAGCAACGACGCUCAGAAGGUUAUUCCCUUCGUUGUGAAGGCCACAGAGACUGCACUUUCAGCUGCGGCCAAGCAUGAUAGCAUCAAGCGGGUCGUUCUCACCUCGUCUGCCUUUGCAGCCUCUACUCCCGAGGCGAAUGAGACUGGUGUUGUUAUUGAUGAGAAUACUUACAAUGAGCGUGCCAUCAAGGCAGCCUGGAAUCCGAACACCCCCGCCCAUCGUAUGCCAUUCAUGGUCUAUGCAGCUUCCAAGGCAGAGGGUGAGAAGGCUGCUUGGAAGUGGGUUGGGGAGCACAAGCCAGGCUACGUCUUCAACACCAUUCUUCCGAACUUCACCACCGGAGAAAUCAUGCAUCCCCAAAUUUCUGGCUCAACCAUGAAGAUGGCCGCCGACGUGCUAACAGGGAACUACGCCCCCCUGAAGGCCUUCAUGCCUCAACCCUACGUUGACGCCGGUGAUGUUGCGCGUCUUCACAUUGUCGCUUUGCUCGCCGAGUCUGUCAAGUCCAAGAGGAUCUUCGCCGCCGCUCGCCCGGUCAACGUGUCUGACUUCAUUGACGUCCUGCGUGAGCUCAGACCAGACAACAAGCUGAUCCCGGAAAAAGACGCGAACGAUGGGCAUGACCUGACUCAGGUGCUACCGCUGGCUGAGGCCGAGAAGCUGUUGCAGACGUACUUUGGACAGAAGGGCUGGACGCCAUUGAAGGAGAGUAUCGAGGCGGGAAUUCGCAAUUUCUGA